AUGAUUAAUGUUUUCGAUGUGCCGAUAAUAGCUUUAUUUGAUACUGGAGCGUCCCACUCUUUCAUUUCACGUGCUGCUUGUAAGAGAUUAGGACUAACUCCACAAUUGGCUAAGACAACUUUAGAGGUUAGCACCUCUGGUGGUGGAAGAUUGGUUGAGAAGGACAUUAUCUCAAACUUAGAGCUGAACGUAGGUGCUGAAACAUUUGAGGCAGAUUUGUAUGUCAUCGCUAUAUUAGAUUUUGACAUGAUCCUAGGAAUGGAUUGGCUUACUCAAGUCGGUGCCACGAUACUGUGUAACGAGAGAAAGAUCUCUUUCCAAACCGCUGGAGAUGAGAAGGCAAGUUUUCAGGGCAUAAGAAUGGGAGGAAUAGUACCAGUGAUUUCAGCAGUGAAGGCCACAAAGAUGAUUAAGAAGGGAAAAUGUCGGGCUUUCCUAGUCAGUUUGGCAGGAGAACGUGAAGUUGAGAAAACGAUCGAAGAAGUUCGUGUGGUGCAAGAGUUCAAAGAUGUCUUUCCCGAAGAAUUGCCUGGUUUGCCACCAGAUAGACAAUUAGAAUUCACGGUAGACCUAGAACUUGGAGCAGCACCAGUGUCCAAGGCACCAUAUAGAAUGGCUCCGCCAGAGUUACAAGAAUUGAAAGUACAACUACAAGAGUUGUUGGACCUAGGUUUCAUAUGA